AUGAUGCACGUCUUGAACAAAGCUGCACUUGACGGUGGAGACAGCUUGCAGGCAAGUCUUGUUGGUCGGUUCACAAGGGUACGAGAGUACAGUGGCACAACAGUCCCGGAAAGCGGUGCUGUACUGGCAGUUUCUGGGGGAAGAGAAUUCUGCGAGACCACGGCAGUGUCUGCACACCCCAUUGCCUUGAAAAUGUUCGCUGCCAUGCACAAAGCAUCCACUUUGGCAAAGAUGGCGACUUGCAACACAGCACGGUACAGUCAGGAAGGCAACCCACCAGAAGGCUCCGAAGACAUUUUGCCCAUUCUUGCCUGA